CAGCUACCUGACAUGUCAGAUGACUUUCAGUCUCACUUUCAUCUCUAUCCAUCUCUCCAACAUUUCUUUUAAACACAACUCGGGCGUGCUUGGUUUCUGUCAUUCUUGCAUUUGUCUCUUUUAUAAGUCUCAUGGCUUUUCCUUUUGUUACAGAUACACGUUUAGGAGGAUACCCCAUUACUCUGCCAUCAACUGAAUUUUUCUGACUCUAAAAAAAUCUUUUAACCUUUACUGUUAAUUCACUGUUUGUUGCAAUUGCAUCCUUUUGUUUGCCACUGAAUUGUGCCCAUACGCAAGAGAUGGAGCCCCAAGACUCAUCACCUCUCAAGACUGGCCAUUUUUCAGACCUGGGGAUAGGACUUACAAAUUUGGGUGAUUCGGGGAACAUGGAGAGUAAUAGAUUGAGUGGAGGAGAAGGGUCACCUCCAAUUGGAUUAGGUCUCGAGCUUGGAUGUGGGUCCGGUCAUAUACAAACUGGGAUCACUAAAUCAUGUGGGUUCACAAUCUUUCAACUCCAGGAGUUACAGCUUCAAUCUCUCAUCUACAAGUACAUGGAAGCUGGCCUUCCUGUUCCCCAUCAUCUACUUCUUCCUAUAUGGAAAAGUGUUGCUGGUUCUCUUGGUGGCCUCCACGGCAGUCCUUAUCAACUUUACUACGGUUUUUUGGGUUGUGGACCCUUGCAGUUGGGGUAUAAGAAUGGGGUAGAUCCAGAGCCAGGAAGAUGUAGACGAACAGAUGGGAAGAAAUGGAGAUGUAGCAAAGAAGCCGUCCCAGAUCACAAGUACUGCGAGAGACACAUGCAUAGAGGUCGUCAACGUUCAACAAAGCUUGUGGAAGCUUCUCAAGUAACUAGAACUAGUAUUAGCCGCAACAAUGCCAAUACCAACCUCUCCAUUUCUCUUCAAGUGGAUAGCAGUAAUAAUAGUGGUAAUGGCAGCAAUCUCUCUUCCAGUUUUACUGGGUUUUCUCCGAACAUUGCUCUUCUGCGAGGGGGUGAUUCGAAAGCUGUACCUCUUUCACCACAGUUUCAAGAAUUAUUAUAGAAGGAAAAAAAAAAAGAUUUUAAUAUGACAGAUUUUGAUAGACGUUUGUUUGUAGGUAAAAUUUAAAGCUUUAGAAGAUUUUGCCAGAGUUUGGUGAUUUUGUUUUGAUGUACUGCAUUUUUAGAUGUGAGAGACAUUAAUGGUGAUUAUGAUUAGGUUUGCUUGGUAGAGUUGUGAACCCACCUCGGUCCAUAAAAAUGGUAACUUGAUCAAAGAAA